AUGGCAUCUCUAAAGGAACUCGACAUUGUGAAACCCAUUCUCGAGAAGUUCGGAGAGCUGUCCGGACUACAUGUCCAGCCUCAAAAAAGUGUAUUGAUUGGUCUCAACACAGCGAAGGCACCGUCGCGAUGGCAAGGGUUCGCUGUACAAGAACCAACCGCCACGUCUAGGCAACUGGGCUACUGGGUCGGCACCCACGACUCGACGGAGCUCAAUUGGGCAAUCCGACUUGAAAACAUUCAACGCCGACUUCGAAUAGCAACUACCAUGGGCAAUUCCGUCGUCCAGAGGGUGACAUUGUUCAAUGCAAUAGCGCUCCCAGCGAUCCUGUGCACUGGACGGCAGUAUGUCCCCUCCAAAGCCACGCUCCAAGAAUUGACACGGCUGCAAAAAGGCUUCGUUUGGUCAGCCACCACACGAACUGAGCCAGUCAAGCCCAAA